AUGCUUAAAAUUACAAGUCAGACAUGUGUGGUCGAUAUAACUAAUCUUGUUCCUGGUUAUGAAAUGGUUAAAACAAAUAUUCCAAAAAGAAAGGGUUACAAGUUGAACAAGAUUAAAGAAAAAGAUUGGCCUAAAACUCAAUCUCUAUCAGAUACAACAUCAGAACAAAAAGCAUUUGAUCUUGUUUCAACUUCAGAGGAAAUGAUUGAGAAAGCUAAAACAUUAUUUCAUGCUCUUAAUUGGCAAUGUGUUAUUGAUCGACAGAAAGAAUUUGUGUGUUCUCCGGACCCAAUUCGGUGA